UGUGGACUCAUGGACGGCGUCUCCACAGGCAGAGUGGGACGCUGGCCCCAGGGUCCGGGUGGCCAGGUGUGCGUCCCGUACAAGCUCUCCACUGCCUUCUACGACUAUGACAUGGAAGCGAUCAUGCGGGCGACACAAGAGUUUGAGAAGAAAACCUGCGUCCGGUUCAAACCCCGCGCAGGCGAAACGGACUUCAUUCACAUCCAGAACUUGGGCGACGGGCAUCUCAGCAAGAGCUGGUCACUGCUGGGGAAGCAGGGGGGGGAGCAGCCGCUGUCCCUGGAGCCCGGCAAGGUGACCAAGGGCACGGUUCUGCACGAGUUGAUGCACGCGCUCGGCUUCCAGCACGAGCACUGCCGGAGCGACCGUGACAAGCACGUCUGGGUGGUGCCAGAGAACAUCAAGGAAGAAUGGAGAGAUCAGAUUGUGGACAUCAAAUCAAACGAACAGGAUUUGGCAGCACCCUACGACUGCAGCUCCAUCAUGCACUACAGCAUGUUGGCAGCCUCUGUGGAUGAGCGCAACCCAACGAUCAUCCCCAGGAACGUUCUGUCCAUGCUGCACAUGGGACAGAGCAACUCGCUGAGUCCCUGCGACGUGGUCAAGGUGCAGAAGCUGUACGGCUACGAGGCGGAGGUGCACGCCGCUCCUGCAGCGGUGGUCAGGAGGAGCAGAACCUCGGCUGAUGAGGAGGCGCCGCUGGACAGCCGCGUCGGCGUUUGGAAGGCGAAGACAAAAGAAGAAGUGGACGAGGAAACCAAGAAGAGAGGUAAUGGCUGCCGUGACGCUCACACCACGCGGUGCCGGCUGCCUUGGUGGCUACGCUCCCCUUCAGGGAGAUCCCCGUUGUGAUGAAAGCUCGCGCCUCCUCGCUCUCAGCAAAGCACUCGACGCUGUUCCAGCACCACAUUUCAGUGUAUUUUGUGUUUGAGGUAAAAUGCAGAGUAAAUACCCCCUGUAGCUGCCGUUAAGCUU